AUGAUAGAAGUGUACAAGCCGGGUUCCUUUGAUCCAGCCUCGCAUUUCUAUCCCCGAGUGCUGAAUGCACAGAUACACCCUCUUGUGAGGUCGUUUCUUGGGCUUGGAAAUGAAAGGAUCGCCAAGAGAUACGUUCACCUUCAUCCUGCAGCAAAACCAGAGGCGGUUCAAGAGGCGCUUUCAUAUGCGUGCAAGUACUUUCAGUGGGGCGGAGCUGACUUGUUCUCUGUGACGACCGAGAAGGGUCAGAAGCGAUUCGUCGUUAUUGAGACAAACUCAUGUCCUUCAGGACAGAAGUCCAUGCCCAUGGAGAAUGAAGACCUUGAGCACGCCGGCUAUAAGACUCUGCUAGAGAAGGCCUUUCUUCCGGUUCUUAAUUCCGGCAAAUGGAAUGGAGAGACUAUUCCAGAGGGAAUUCUGGCUGUUCUGUACGACAAGAACCCAAUGGAGGCUUCAGGAUACGCAGCAGCAUUGGCUGAUCUCACGGGAGAAGCGGUGUACCUCACUCCCUGCUACGCGGAUGAAUUAGAGCCGAAAUGGAGGUGGCGACCGGACGGAAUUUUGGAGAUCAACAUUGCUGGAGCCGUUCAGAAGGCUCAGAAGGAGGAAGUGCCAACUGUAAUGACAGCGAAAGUCUCACGCACGAGUUCGUCCUCCAGCGAAGGGAAGCAACAAUGUUCCCCAACGGAUUUUGAUGCUCCAGAGCCACAGUGGCGACAGGUCAGGGGUGCAAUUAGAUACGUGACUCAGCGGCCAUGGACUAGAAUACCUCCCGUGACGCGGACCAUGAUUUUCAACCCUGUCCUUGCUUGUUUGGCUGGCGGACGCAACAAGGCUGUGGGGGCUAAAGCGUACGAUCUUCACAACGCUGCGCUGGCAUCAACCGGACUCUCCAUCCUCACUCCUGAGACCAUUUGGGAUGUCGCCAAGCCGGAGAUUCCCCUCUGGGUCGGCAGAAUGGGUGGCUUGGCUGUUGUGAAGGUUCCUUAUGCCAACGCAGGUCAGGGCGUGUGGACAAUCACAAACGACGAAGAGCUGAAGGAGUUCAUGGCGAUUGAGCAGCGCUAUGACCGGUUCAUUGUUCAGGCCUUGAUUGGGAACAACGGCUGGAGUUCCCUGAGUGUGAGUGGCAGGCUGUACCACGUGGGGACCAUUCCGACAAGCAAAGGGAACAUCUACGCCUCUGACCUGAGGAUGAUGGUGGGGUCCGGGGCAGGUGGCUUCUUUCCCGUGGCCAUCUAUGCACGGAGGGCCAAGCUUCCACUUGCUGAGAAGCUUGAGAGUGGGAUUCAUUCUUGGGACAUGCUUGGAACCAACCUUUCAUACAAGAAUCCAGAUGGGACAUGGGGAACGGAAACAGACAGGUUGCUGCUGAUGGACAGCCGGGACUUCAACAGGCUUGGUGUCGGUGUGGAUGAUCUUAUUGAGGCCUACAUGCAGACUAUCCUGGCAGUGACCGCUAUUGACCGGCUUUGUGGGAAGCUAAUCACACCCAAGGGAAAUUUCGGCUUGAAGCUCUUUGGAUCUCUGAACCCCGACACAAAGCUCUUGGACGAGCUGUAUACGCUGCCACUGCACUCUCUUCCUGUGGAAGGGACUAGCGAGUCAUCUUGCCUGGUGAAGCGUGCUGCAGAUCAAGCAACUGAGCAAGAAGAUGCUCUUGCACAAGAGCUCCAGCUGGAGGUCACGGUUGCAGCACCUCCUGGAAAGAGAGGGAGGUUGUUCGCGAAAGUCGCAAUGAAGCACCGUAACGCGUUUCGCAAGCUGGGCCGCGCGAGCAGCCAUCGAUGGGGAUUGCUCCGCACUAUGGUGUCUCAACUCAUUCAGCACGAACGGAUCGAAACCACUGUAGCUAAGGCUAAGGAGUUGAGGCCCGUUGCAGAUAGGAUGGUCACUCUUGCAAAAGAGGGGACGCUGCAAUCACGCAGAGAAGCUGCAGCAGUGGUGAGAGGGAAGGACGUGCUGCAGAAGCUGUUUUACGACCUGUCAGAGAGAUACAAGGAUAGAGCAGGAGGCUACACUCGAGUUCUCCCAACUCGAACACGCGUUGGGGAUGCAGCUCCCAUGGCUUAUAUCGAGUAUGGAUUUCCCCCCUGCCUAAAUCGUGGACUAGUGUUCCAAUGUUACUCUCAUUCUUGCAUGUGCUGCACACACAUGGAAGUAAAAAGUAUCAUCCCAAAACCUCUCCUUAAAAUCCAAUCCUCCAUUCCUUUUGCCGGAUGA